AUGGUACCAUGUCCCUUUUGUUGGCGGGAUCGAGCCUAUAUUCUCCAGUUUGCGCCUAGGUACUAUUUGCCUAGGAAGCCAACUUUGACAGAGGUGACCUUGAACGACAAAGACUACACAGAGAUCAGCACCAAGUUCAAAGCCAGCCACGUGAAGAUUAUGGUUUUCUGGUGCGCCAGGAAGACACAACGUGCAGCUGACGCAUCCCCGCAAGACAUCGUGCUUCAAGCGCUGAGCACUUGCUGCUACAGUGUGCAACAGUGCGUGGCCCUGUUGGAGAGCUCCGGAAUCCUUUUGGAGGAUAGUGUCGCAACAGAAGCAGCUGUUGCAAUUACACCUCCAGUCUUACGCAUGGCUGUCAUCGUAUUUUUACAACAAACGAAUGAUGAUUUUCAGAAUGAGGCCCAAGGCCCACUACCUGUUCCACCAAUCUGAACAGAUUCGGACUUGGAAGUUGAACCUUGGCAAUUUUGCCAAUUGGGACGAAGAAUCUUUUUUAGGCAAAAUCAAGGCCAUUGGGAUUGCGUGCCACGGGCGCACAUUUCUUUCCCGAGUCUAUGAGCGAUACAUUAUAUAUUUGGCUCUUUUGGUACAUAGCCAUAAUCAGCUGGAAACCGUCAGCUGAUUGAUGGUGGGUUAAGGCUUGCUGGCGGGGACGGUGGGGCCCAAAC